AUGAACAUGAAAAUAAAAAGAAAAACACAUGAACAUCUAUACAAGAGAAAUAACAGACAGAUAUCUAUCAAGCUACUAGCAAAAGUGCUUCUUAUGGGCGCGCUUCUAUUUGUGCAGAACGUCUUCGGAUUAUUGAGCGAGGAGGAUAUGAAAGCAGUGAUAAAAGCAAUAUUAAGCAAAACAAAAGGUGAUACUAUGCUGAAGCUGGAUGGGCCUUUUAGCCCAAUUAUGCUAUAUCUAUACGAAUGGUCUAGCACUCUUCAGAAUAAGCGAUUUGAUUCUUCAUACAUAAGUAACUGUUUUUUAAUAAUAAAGGAAGAAGAUACUUCACAUAAAACAUACCAAACAAACCACAUAGCCAGAGAAGAGGAUUCAGAGGGAAAGAAGAUACCAAAGAGAAUUGUAGACCACUACAAUGCACUAAUUAAUAUGUUUCCUUCCCCAAAGAGAAAAAUAGGCAUCUAUCCUAAAAAACUCCGAAAAGAGUCUUUUACUUCUUUCUUGAAGAGUGAACAUGUCAAGGAAUAUGCCCAUAGAAUUCUUGCAGUACUUCUUCUGCAGGCAGAGGGGAUGCCCGUGUCUCUGAGAAUUGAGGAUGAAGAAAGCGCAUGCCCAAAACUUACAUGGAUGAAUGAAUACAAACCCAAAGACUCCUUCAGUAUUCCUAUAUACACUACUAGUACGGAAGGACAGGAAAGUAAUAGCUCUAAUGAAGAAGCAAAUAUAAAAAAAAGUAGCAUUAAAAUAGUGCAGACUAUUAAGUACUUCCUUAAUGCAGAGUCCAGCCAGGAACUUGAAGAGAGUAUAGCGCUGAAGGAAUCAACUGAGAAAGAAAUUUAUUGGAAGAAUGAGUUUACUGAGACACCAGCCUGGCUUAUACAGUCGUACAUAUACUACUAUCUGGAGACUAAAGAGGAUGCAAUUAACUUUUAUGACGAGAUGUCUGACAAAUUAAGGCUUUGCUUCACAAAGCUUAAAGAGAAAAACAAUGCAGUGAUUUCAACCCGGCUAUUUCAAAAGUGGCUUACAAAAACAUCAAAUAGGUCAGUAACGUUGGAGUGGUGGGGUAACGUAAAAGAGCUUAAAGAUUUGGUUGAAGCCGAGAAAGAAAUUAAACCACUUCCCUUCAAAAAUAAUAGUCUGUACCUUCCCACAAAAAAGAAUUAUUGGCCUAAAUAUGAAUAUUAUAAAACAUGCACGUCUUCACCUAAUAUAGAAUCUACACUAUUUACUCUAUUCUGCUGCUUUGUAUAUGACCCAGAGACAAACACAUACAAUGUUGAUCAAAUUCCGUGCGCGCAAGAAGAAGUAAAGAAUCUGUUUGGCAUGCCAUCUAAAAACACAAGUACGUCUAGCGAUUCACCCGAAAAAUGUGAAAAUCCAGCCAUAAACAACCCACUCAGCAAUGAUAUGCCUGUCAUACGGAUGGGGCAGGGAAUAACAAAAGAGGCUUGGGAUAAAUGGCGUGAAAUAAUUAAGAGCUUAGUGAGAGAUGAUGAGGACAUAAGUUACAUAAAACUAACGAACGGUAGGCAUGUGAUUGAACAAGAUAUCCUCAAUAUUCUCAUAAUAAUGCUAAAGCUUACUGGAAUGUAUUAUGAUAUAAAUAAGAAAGAAAUACAGUCAUAUAAAAAACUGUUCGAAUCCGAAAGAUCCGGGUAUGAGAAACCCCUAACAGUUAAGGAUUUAAAUAGCAUUAUAAGAUAUGUAGAAAGUAUUUUCUCUAUGGUAUUGUCAAGAAAAUUCGACAAUAGAAUGCCUGAAGACUUCAGGAACCGGUUUUCUACAUCUUUUAAAGAUAAAAAACCAAGAAUAUUAUAUAUGAACUUUGUGGAUUACCAAAUUAAAAGCACAUAUACUAAAAAGUAUUUGACUAAACGUAUAGAAACAAAAUAUUUGGCCGGAAGUUUACAGAUUUAUUAUAAAACAGAAAACAGAAAACAGCCAAUAAUUAUUAGUUUUAUAUCACCAGAAAUAGUCGAAUUAGGAAUUGGCAUGUGUUUUUUACUAUCAGAAAUUCCAAAAAUUGACAUUUUAGCAGAGAAAAUAAGCAAAAUGCCAAAAGACAGCUAUAGUAUGCAUGUUCUUUCUGAAUAUGCAGAAACCAUAAAUCUAUCCAAUCCAACUAAUAUGAAAGUUGAUCAGCCCGAAUAUAAUCCGAAUGAAACACUUGAUAUAGCCUAA